AGGUUUAAUGAAAAAAAAGAAUGGCGGGAAACGAGCGCUGUGACAAACAACAGGUUGGUAAGUGAGGUCAUAAUUUUGGGUCACAAUGGCCAGUGGAAAAGUUUGUGUUGUCAAGUAAACCCAAAGCUGAGGUGUGGGUGAGGAGUUGUUCGUUAGAAAGGGGGAACAAUAAACAUGUUCAUCAAAACCAGUUUUAAGCUGGUCUCCCAGCCUGACCAGCUAAAGAAGUGGUCAAAAACCCUUUAAAAUAAGCCUGCUGACCAGUUAUGACCAGCUAAAACAAGGUAACCUGCUUAGAUUUUUUUUUUUUUUUUAAGCAGGGAGUUAAAAAGAAGGUUAGUGCCCUUUUUAUGAACAACACACCAUUCACUCAAACAAACGCCUCAGCUGGUUGGCUGGUCUCAGUCUAGCUACACUGAGGCUAAAGAAGCAGUCAAAAACCCUCUAAAAGCAGCCUGCAGACCAGCUAUGUCAAGGCUGGAUGACCAGUCCAGCUUAGGCUGGUUGUAGGUUUAUUCUUAUAAUUUUUUAAGAAGUUUAGUGCCUUUGUUAUGAAUAACAUACAAUUUUCAAGGUGAUAUUAUUUCAGUGAAUAUCCUAUACCUUUAUGAGAAAGUAACUAUUAGCACCUAAGGGCCCAAAUCUAAUGACAGAAUCUUAACUACAACCUUUUUUUCAUACCCCAGGACUUGUAAUAUGUGGAGCACGAGGAAACAAUUAUUCUGUAGAACAUUUCUAGUAUCUGACCUGUUUUAAGAGAGACAAAGAGAAAAGAAUGACAAAACUCAAAUACUAGCUAGCAGUGAAACAUGUGAGACUGUGAAUUCACCCACAGCCAUAAUAAUGAACGCACACGGAUGAAGAGAGUCACGAGCUCUGAAUGAAGGAAUGAAUGAAUGUGUUGCAAAUGACGGAGACGGAUGAAGCUGCACGCUUUGUCAGAGAGUUUCUCAACAGGACAGGUUUAACGGUUUUCACAAAGUACCUGACUCAUUCGUCGUGUGAGAUAUUAGCCUCACUGAACUGAGAGUGAUGAUAAAAAUGAAUGUCUCAAAGAGGAUCAUCAGAAAUCUGGAACCAGCGAGAACACUGCGCCGUCUUAACACAAAUCAAGUCCUUCAAAGCUAUGCUGAGAUUAAGCCGGACAACAUUAUUAAAGUGGAGCAUUUCUAUGAAAUCCUGCAUCUUCAAAGUACCAGCGCCCAACCAAAGAAGAAAGCCGAAAGAAUUUGCUACACUCGGGACUUCCUCGUCAAGUUGGCAAGUUGUCCAAUGGCUAAGAUGAAACCUGAGUUUUUACCAGAACAUCCAAUCGUUUUGGAGAAUGGCAGAACCAAUGAUGUUCCCAGAUACUUCAUCACCAACUACAACAACAACGAGGACUUGGCGGCCUAAUGUGGGGAAUUUCUUGCAAUCUUUUUUAAAUUGCCCUAAAACUGCACUGCAUGGGACCAAGUGGAAAGGGUCACAAGUUAAAUUGAUAACUUUAAGGUUAUAAAGGGUAACAUGUUUGUCUUAAGCUUUACAGCGAAAACUGUUUUCAAAAGUUUUGUAAAGACAAACAUCAAUACAAAAAAAAAAAAAAAAAAAAAAAUCUAAAAACUUAGGUUAGAUAAAACUCACCCAACAUAGUUGUUGCAAUGCUUGUUCCUUACUAGUCCACAGUACAAAAGAGUUAAAUGAAACUAACAGCACUGAUGCCUUGAUCCUUGUGAAAGAUUUCACACCCUAUUUCCUCAUGGUAAACUUGUUGUCCUUUCUUGACCGUAUACUUUUGUUUUACAUUAUUAGACAUUUGUGAUGUCAAACUCAGGGUUUUGAUUCUUGCCUAAGGUAGGUUGUGUUACUAUGAUGGCUUCACGGUCUGUGGUGUUAAAAUUACAUUUUGGGGAUAUUUGGACUUGAAGUGUUUAAGAUUGAAGUGCACCUACAGACGAAUUUCUAGCAAGUUCAUAUACCCGAGUUACACUUCAUAGAAUCAGAUUGGGAAUGUUUUCACUUUGCUUAACUGUAUUAACACUGGACAAUAUAGAGAGAAAUAUAAUUUGGCAAUUAUUGCACCUGUGGAUGGGUAUUUAUAAGUUUUUUUAAGCUAAAGUAAGCUAUUUUCACCUUUGCAAACAUUGCAAAAAUAGAUAUUUUUGUUUGCAUAAGUAUUUAUAUGUCUGAAAUGUAAUUAAAUGCUGUGAAGUGGAUUGGAGCGCAGAGUAAGUGUUUGUUACAGUACUGUAGUUUUUCAAGUAUUACUUUAUUAAAGGUUACUAGAAUUUUUUUUAUUUUUUAAAUAAUCGACAGCUCUGGAUCUUAUGCAAGGAUAUCUUUUUUUAUUUCCCCCCCGAUAUGCACAUCUGGGCAGAAGCAAUAUUUGCUUUUUGUGUCACAGUCACUGAUCUAUAUCAGUGGUCACAGUGUAAUUUGUUGACUCAUUGUCUCAACUUGAAAUUGCAUUUAUUCCACUGAAUACACUCAUUAAAAGAACAUUUAUUUUA